AUGGGCACUUUCGCAAAUAAGACGUUUCGUUCCAAGCGACAACAGGCGGAAUUUGAGCGCUCCUUCAUAGGCCGCUAUCAAGCGCUCAUCAAGAAAAACUCAUUCCUCUAUCUCGGUCUUCCGAUGAUGUUGUCCGUGGCGUUUGGUUCGGUUAUUCUCUCUAAAUUCACAGCAUUGCGUUACGAGCAAAGAGAUGAGAAGGUAAAAGAGCUUGACGAAAACCAAGCCCUUGACCUAGCCACAAGAAGACGGAAGGUUGAUAUUAAAGAAGAGUAUUACAAACUACAGGGUCUCUUAGAUGAGUACCAGGACUGGGAACCAAAGAGAGUCGAAAGACUUCCUGGGGAAUCCGAAAAUGUGUUUUGA